UUCCAAAUUGGCUGUCGUUUAGAGGCUAUUUUGUAUGCAAUAUUGUUAAACAGUAAACAAGUAACUGAAAGAAUAGCCAAUUCUUAGAAGUGACUGAUAUUCGAGGUUGAAAUGUUAUAAGAUAAUGUUUAAAAUAAAACUUAAUUAUUUAAUUUUUUUGUACAAUAAAGCAUGUAAUUAAUUAAUUUUUUGAACUAGUUAAUGACUUAAACACUAAUAAAUCGUACGUCUUUGAUCUUUAUCUCUGACUCCUUUUUAUCACUUCCGUGAUUCUCAAUCUUUUUGAAGUUGAAAACUGAACAUUGACAUUUUUUUUUCUGCGGAACACUCAAAAUACAUCAGAUUUAAAGAAGGGGUGGCAAGCCUUUUUUGAAAUCAAGAGCGCACUCGGUGUAGUAUAUGAUGUCAUUUGCAUUUGCUGAUUACAUUCCCAUACAAAAAUUAUUUUUCAUUGUAUUGUUUUUUUUUUCUUUUGCAACAAUUUCUAAUUGUAUAUUUGAUUUUUUGGCGGAACACUUAAAGUGGCUUCACGGAGCACCCUUGUCCCGCGGACUACGGAUUGAGAACCAAAGAUUAACCUACAAGGCGUGACAGACGUAAAGAUAACUUCUAGUUUCCGUUUCGCGUAAUAGAAGACUUUGUAAAGACAAAGCAAUAUACGACUGAAAUGGAGAUAAAAAAUUCAAUAUUUGAGGAAGAAAAGGAAGAAUUUCAUUGGGAUAAAAAUUCUCUGAAAAUCUUUAAAAAAAUUAUAAAAGAUCAAGGAAUAAAAUGUUGCAUGGACGACAUGUUUCUUCUCGGAGUUCUUCGCGCCAGAAAAUAUGAAUUGGGAAGAUCUUUGCAAUUGCUUAAGAAUUAUUACGAAGUUCGAAUACAAUAUCCUCAAUAUUUUAAAGAUCUUCUUCCUUCUAAAAUGGAGCACAUACUGUCCUUGAAUAUAAUGCAAUUUUUGCCAAAACCCGAUCAGAAAGGAAGAUACAUUUACAUCUUUCAAUACUGUAACUGGGAUAUUUCUGUUGCAAAUGUAACUGAUAUGUUUCGUACUGUAAUGCUUUUCUUUGAUCUACAACUAAAUUUGCACCGAACUCAAGAGAAACGUGUCGUUUGUAUAGUGAAUGCUGAAGGAAUUUCAUUAUCACAUUUUCUUCAGUUUUCGCCAAGUUUUUUGAAUUCAGUAACAAAAGUUCUAUUGAAAGAUUCAUAUCCGGUUCGAUUUAAAGAAAUUCACUACGUGAACUUGAACAUUAUAAUUAAAGCAAUUUUAAGCAUUUUUAUUCCACUUUUACCGAGCAAACUGAAAGAGAGAUUGUAUCUUCAUUCCGAUAUGAAAGCUUUAUACGAAUUUAUCAGUCCUGAUUGUCUGCCCGUUGAAUUUGGAGGAAAUUUGCCAAGUGUCGAUUCGACCGAAGCUAAUAAUAUGAUCAAAGCUAAUGAAGAAUUCUAUCGAAAAAAUGAAGAAUAUAUGCAGCUAUAUAAAGAAGAAAGAAAUAAAAAUUUCAUCCAAGGAAAAUUUCGCUAUAUUAACGAAGACCUAGAAGACGAAGAAUUGAAGAAAUUUAUAGAAAAAUCCGAAGAAAAAUUUAAAGCUUAUUCUCAUAAUCCAGAAAAAUUUUUGUCUUCUUUAAGAGAAGAUUCAGAACUCGAAAUUACUCAUUUUUAAAUCUUAUAAUAUUAUUCUAUUAUUUCAUAUAAUAAGAUUUAUGUAAUCGAAUUCCAAUAUCCACUUAAGAAACUUAUAGAGUUUAUAACUUACUCCUAUUAUAAACAGAAACAGACAUUAUAAAUUGACUCAUAAAGGUUUAAAUCUUUAUUACUUACACUAAUUCUAUAUUACUGCUAAUUUAUCAGCUUUUUCAAGCACUUGUUACUUCUAUAAUUAUACACAAAGUCUUUUUCUAAAACCUUACUUCAUUUAUUUUCCUUAAACUUGUUUCUUUCGUCACUUUAAAGGAUUCCCUGAAAUCUAUUCUUCCUCCAUCUAGUAUAUCCAUCAACUAUGAAUGGAUAUCCACAUGUUCAUUGAUUGCUCUGUCUCUCCCUAAAGACAGUACAACUGAAUGUUAAUUCCUCCUUAAGGACUAUGAACCAGGAAAGUACCAAGAUCGCUGGUUUUUCUGCCAAUUGAAGAUUUUCAUGAUUUUUCCAUAAUCUAUUUUAACACGUAUGAGCCAUGUUAUGUAUUUUAGCUUUUUUAUCUUUCCUCAGAAACAUUCUAGACCAGUUCCCCACGGAAGGAAUUGUAGAAAAUUAUAUGCUAACGUCUUGCAGAGUUUCCUCACUUCAUUUAUAUUGUACUGCUGCUAAGGAAUGAUCACGAACCUUGACCUGGAGUCAUUAAACAGGGUUGCCAUUCUCUCUACCUUACUUGAUAUUAUACUUCAUCUUUAACACAACUCAUUUCCCUACUUAAUUCUUAAAAUUCUAAACAUUUCAUUGAAAUGCCCUUCAUUUUAUUAUACGUGAACUACACGAGAACUUCAUCUAAAAUUACUUAGUAACUGAAUGGGUGUUUGGAGAAGGAUUUCUUGUUUAAGAAUAUAUAUAAUAAAUGCAUU